AUGUACGGCGAAGAGCUCAAUUUUCCUAGUGAAAACUUUUCAUCAUUCGACAUAAACGAUUUUCUCGUUCAAACACAAUCCUCCAAUAACAACAACGAUGAUUCCCUUUCGGACGUCCAAAGUCGAGCCCACGCGUGCACUCAUGCCCACGCUUGCAGCCCGCCAGGCCCGGAUAAAACCCACACGCACACGUGUAUUCAUGUUCACACCCAAAUCAUGCCCGACGAAAAAACUGGACCCACGAUCGAGAACAAACCCAAAAAAACACGGCCCAAGGGAAACCGUGAAGCCGUGCAAAAAUAUCGCGAGAGGAAAAAAGCUAGAGCUGAGUCUUUGGAGAAUGAGGUUGUUAAAUUGAGAGCCUUAAACGAGGAAAUGAUGAAGAGAUUGCAAAACCGAGCUCUGUUAGAAGACGAGGUCUCUAGGCUCAAGAGCUUCCUUGUCGAUAUUCGAGGAAAGAUUGGAAGUGACAUCGGGUCUUUUCCUUAUAAGAAACAGACGAUUAGUAAUAACGAGAAUAAUAAUAAUCUUGCCGGGACUUAUGUGAUGAGCUCGUGUAAUGGCAAACGUGAAGCUGCCGGAUUUAACUGUCCUGGCUGUAAAUUUGAUGGCAACAAUUCUUCUGGCAACAGCAAGAGAAAGUGA